AUGAAGCGAGGAAACGUCUCGUUGAAAGAUGGCAAGAGAGAUGGGAUGGGGAUUCAAAAGGAAGGUGGACACACACACCGCCUGAUUCCUCACCUCGCCACCUGGCUUGAUAGAGAGCACGGCGAAGUUGGGUAUUACCUGACACAAGCGUUGUCAGGUCAUGGUUGUUUCGGCCAUUACCUCCAUAGAUUUAAAAUAAGAAAAGCUUCGAAAUGCGUGUACUGCGAUGCUCAAAUCGAUGACGCAGAACACACGCUAUUUUCCUAUGAGCACUGGAGCGAGAAUAGAGAAGCCGUGUUUACGGCGGUUGAGACUCGAUUCAACCCUGAUACCAUGGUCUCUAUCAUGCUCCAAAGUGUGGAAUCCUGGAGACAUAUCGAAACCUUUGUCAUAAAUGUUAUGUUGACAAAAGUUAAAGACGGAAGACCUGGGUUGACCGGGAGAUGCCUAAGUGCUCGGCAGGGAUCAAGUAGAAGGGGCAGGAGGAGAAUUUAG